AUGGUGACGCGCGGCCUACACUCAGGCCACCUUCCACUACCGGACGCUGCGAUGCGCACCCGCGGAGACGGUGCUGGAUGACAGCCGGGCGCGGGGCAAGCCCAUGGAGCUGAUCGCCGGAAAGAAGUUCAAGCUGCCUGUGUGGGAGGCGAUACUGCGCACCAUGCGGCCCGGCGAGCGCGCCCGCUUCCGCUGCGAGCCCAAGCACGUGGUGCUGUACCCCCUGGUGGCCAAGAGCCUGCGCAACAUCGCGGCGGGGAAGGACCCUCUGGAGGGGCAGCGGCACUGCUGCAGCAUCGCCCAGCUGCAUGAGCACUACUCGCUGGGCUACCCUGACCUGGAUGAGCUGCAAAAGAACCCCCAGCCCCUCAUCUUCGACAUCGAGGUGCUCAAGGUGGAGGAGCCUGGCUCCUACCAGCAGGACCCCUGGGCCAUGACGGAUGAGGAGAAGCUGCAGGCUGUGCCCAUGAUCCACCAGGAGGGCAACGAGCUGUACCGGCAGGGCAAGGUCCAGGAGGCAGCCACUAAGUACUACGACGCCAUCGCCUGCCUCAAGAACCUGCAGAUGAAGGAGCAGCCUGGCUCUCCAGACUGGAUCGAGCUGGACCAGAAGAUCACCCCUCUGCUGUUGAACUACUGCCAGUGCAAGCUGCAGAGUGAGGAGUACUAUGAGGUGCUGGACCACUGCUCCUCCAUUCUCAACAAGUACGAGGACAACGUCAAAGCCUACUUCAAGCGGGGCAAGGCUCAUGCAGCCGUGUGGAACGUGGCUGAGGCGCAGGCUGACUUCGCCAAGGUGCUGGCACUGGACCCCUCACUGCGCCCUGUGGUCAGCAAGGAGUUGCGCAGCCUGGAGGUGCGCCUGCGCCAGAAGGAUGCAGAGGACAAGAUCCGCUUCAAGGGCAUCUUCUCCCAGUAGAGCCCGCCAUGCUCUCCGAGCCAGGUUCUGUUAGAUAUUCCACAUGUGGAAUGGUUAUCCAUGUUUAUUAAUGUUUAAUACAACGUUUAUUGGAAGUCAGUGGAAGGCGCAUGGGAUUUCGGCGUGGCGCAGAAGGCACAGUGUUAAGUGCUGGACCACUGGAUGGCAAUAGAAGCAUGGAUCUCCUCACUGAGCCCCAGACUGCGCCCAGCAGCACAACGGUGUGAAAUCCAGUGGAGGAAACGAGCCCAGGCCAAUGCUCUUCCAUGCUGCUUUUUAUUCCUUGUUUGGUUUUAUCCUUUCUAUUGGGCUGAGCUGUGCUGUGUGGAUCUAGGUGAGCCUAUUAAUGGCUGCAAGAGCUCCAAUGCCAAGGCUGUGCCCCAUCUCCUUCCCUCCUGUGCCACAUCCUGCAUUGCCACUUCGCAAGGCUGCCACUGCCAGCUUGCAGCUGCGUUUCCUCUGUACUGCAUCGCAGCAGAGCUGUAAACUUUUUAUCUGAACUGCUUGUUUCCACUGCGUAUAUAAAGCCAUGAUCAUGCUAUACUGAGAUAAACACAAGUAAAACUCAUCAUAGAAAGACA